AUGGCACCGAAAUCAUUGAGCGAUCUCAAGCGGAAGGAUCUGCUACAGUCCAAAGGCUACAUCAACGAAGAAUGGGUCUCGGCCAACUCAGGCAAGACAUUCGACGUAUACGACCCGGCGACGCUGGAGAAACUCGCGACGCUCCCCGAAAUGGGCGCCGACGACGCCGACGCGGCGGUCUCAGCUGCGCACGCCGCAUUCGCCAGCUACAAGAAAACCUCGGCGCGACAGCGCGCCCGCUGGCUCCGGAAAUGGAGCGAUCUGUGCUUGGAGCACGCGGACGACCUGGCGCUGAUCCUGACGCUUGAGAACGGCAAGACGCUCGUCGAGGCGAAAGGUGAGGUCACCUACGCCGCGUCGUUCCUGGAGUGGUUCGCGGGCGAGGCUGAGCGUGUGCACGGCGAGGUCGUGCCAUCGUCGAACCUCAAUCAGCGCAUCUUGACGUUCAAGCAGCCGAUCGGCGUCGCGGCCUGUCUGAGCCCCUGGAAUUUCCCGAUCGCGAUGAUCACGAGGAAAGUCGGAGCCGCGCUUGCUGCGGGUUGUACUACUGUCUGGAAGCCUGCUGGCGAGACCCCGCUUAGUAGUCUUGCGCAGGCGGUCUUGGCUCAAGAGGCCGGGUUCCCCAAGGGCACGAUCAAUGUCAUCACGACCUUGAAUCAGGUGGCUGAGGUUGGCGAAGCGCUUUGUACGAACAAACUCGUCAAGAAAGUCAGCUUCACUGGAAGUACCAGGGUCGGAAAACUGCUGGCCAGUCACUGCAGUGGUAGUGUCAAGAAGUUGUCUCUCGAGCUCGGUGGGAAUAGUCCUUUUAUCGUCUUUGAUGAUGCUAAGCUUGAGACGGCGAUUGAAGCAUGUAUUCUCGCCAAGUUUAGAAAUUCAGGCCAGACCUGCGUCACGGCAAACCGUAUUUUUGUGCAGAAGGCGAUUUAUGAUAAGUUCGCGGACGGUUUAGCAACUAAGAUCAAGACUUUGAAAGUCGGGGCUGGAACGGAAGAUGGCGUUUUCGUUGGGCCCUUGACGCAUGAGCGUGCAGUUGAGAAGGCUUUGAGUCACAUCAGUGAUGCAAAGAAGCACGGCGGACAGGUGGUCCUAGGUGGCGAGGCAAUGAAAGAUCUGAAAGGCUAUUUCCUGCAGCCGACACUGAUCAAAGGCAUGAACCGGGAAAUGAUCACGACGCGCGAGGAGACAUUCGCACCCGUUCUUGGGCUUUACGAGUUCGACACUGAGGAAGAAGUCAUCGGUCUUGCAAACGAGGCGGACGUUGGUCUGGGAAGUUUCAUCAUCACGGAGAACAUUCCACGCGCGUGGCGCGUCACUGAAGCUCUCGAGGUCGGGAUGGUCGGUGUAAAUCUCGGAAUGCUAUCAGCAUGUGAGAGUCCUUUUGGAGGGGUCAAGGAGAGUGGGUAUGGUAGAGAAGGUGGUCGACAAGGUAUCGAGGAGUACCUGAGCGUCAAGUCCAUGUUGAUCAACGUUGCGAACUGA